AUGUCUGACAAAAACUUGUUGAUUGGAAUUGACGUUGGAGGCACCAAUACCGAUUCGGUGUUGCUUGAUCCCUCCAAGUUUGCAUCCGAAACCCGAGGAGUUAUCGCUUAUCACAAGUCUUCUACUACCGCAGACGUUUCAGGAGGCAUUUCUGAUGCUCUCGAUAACUUGCUGGUUGAGAAAAACGGAUACUCUCCAAAUAAUGUGUUGGCUGUAACCAUCGGAACCACCCAUUUCAUCAAUGCUGUUAUCGAGCAAGAUCGAGCAAGAUUGGCACCAGUGGCCGUGAUCCGUUUAUGUGGUCCCUACUCGAAGGGAUCUGGACCAUUUUCCGAUUUUCCUGCUGGAUUGACGAAAAUCAUCAAAGGUUAUACAGCGUUCGUGAAUGGAGGUCACCGGGUGGAUGGUAACGAAAUCCAGCCUUUAGACGAAGCUCUGAUUUUGGAACAUGCCACUAAGAUCAAAAGUCUUGGAAUCAAGUCGGUGGCUAUUGUUGGAAUCUUUUCCAUCAUCAAUAAAACCCACGAGCAAAGAGCGGCCGAAUUGGUGCGACUGGUGAUGCCCGAUGGUGACAUUGUCAUGUCUCAUACGGUGUCCCGGAUUGGUCUUAUUCCUCGUGAAAAUGCCUCGAUUUUGAAUGCUUCGGUGAUGUCUUUUGCAGGAAAAAUCAUCAGGUCGUUUAUCAGAUCUGUGCGUUCGAAAGGUUUCAAGUGUCCCAUAAUGUUGACCCAGAAUGACGGAACCGUGUUAACGGUGAGCGAGGCUCUUCAAACUCCAAUCCGGACAUUCUCUUCGGGAGCCACCAACUCCAUGAGAGGUGCUGCCUUUCUCUGUGCUCAAGAAGGAGAUAUUCAUGGCAAGACCAUAGUUGUGGUUGACAUUGGUGGAACCACCACAGAUGUUGGUCUCCUCUUACCCUCUGGAUACCCAAGACAGUCUAUGUCGUAUUCUGAAGUUGGAGGAGUUAGAGUUAAUUUUUCAAUGCCUCAAGUCGAAAGUAUAGGUCUUGGAGGAGGGUCGAUUGUGCGGGAAACCAAAGGAGAAAUCACCGUUGGUCCUGAUUCUGUGGGAGCAGACAUUAAGCAAAGAGCCCUUGUGUUUGGAGGUGACACUGUUACGUCAACUGAUGUCACAGUAGCAAUUACUGAAGAAAAGUCCAUGUUUGACCUCGGCGACAAAACCGAAGUUCAGAAUUUGUUCAGUGACUCUUACAAAACCAAGUUCCAGCAGGUGGUCAAGACCAAGUUGGAAAGAGUCAUAGACACAAUUAGAACCAGCCCUGAACCUAUUCCGGUUCUUUUGGUUGGUGGAGGUUCUUUUAUCUCACCAACUACUUUGGAUGGAGCUUCGAGUGUCCACCGACCACCAUACUACCAAGUUGCCAAUGCCAUAGGUGCUGCCUUGGGUAAGUUAUCUGCCUCUCUUCAGAAGAUUGAGGUACUCGACAGCAUUGCUGAUAAAGACACUGUGAUUGAAAAAAUGAAGAAAGAAGUCACUGCUGAUAUAGUUGCCAAGGGCGCAGUUGAAGACUCAGUUGAAAUAGUUGAGCUCUCUUAUGACCCGGUACCAUAUGUGGACAGAACCUAUACUUUUGAGAUUAAAGUAGUAGGUGACAUUGACUUUGAAAAGGUAUCUGAUACGCUUGAAGAGCUUGAAAGUGCAAACAAGACAAGCUUCAUAGAUUCAACUGAAGCCGAGCAAGAGGAUACUUUCCACAAGAAUUCUUCAUACGCUGACAAAGAUGUGUCUCAUGCCGACCAAGCCAAAAUCGACUACCAGGCGUAUAAACCUUUCGUCAACGAACUGAGAGAGUGGAUUAUUUCCGAGACAGACUUGGAGUUUAUCCGGAUAGGAACCUAUAUUCUUGGUUGUGGAGGUGGUGGUACACCUUAUCCUAUCUUUUUGGAGAUGAGAAACAUGCUUCGAGAUGGUGCCAAGGUGAGAGUUAUCAACUUGCACGAUGCUCCAAAGUAUGCCAAAGGUGAAGGAAAGUUCAUCACUGUGGGUUUUGCCGGCUCACCAACAGUUGCUGACGAACAACUCCAAGGUGAUGAACUUUCUGAUGCUGCAAACGCCUUGUUUGACUAUUUGAAAUCAAAGCCAGAUGGAGUGUUCCCGCUUGAAAUUGGUGGUGGAAAUGGGUUCAAAGGAAUGUACUGUGGAGCUUCGACCAAGUUGGAUAUUCCCGUCAUAGAUGCUGAUCUUAUGGGUAGAGCAUACCCCACGCAUGCUCAGAUUCUACCAUGUGCUCUCAAAGACGACUUGUACUUGAAGACCACAUCUGUUUCUGAUGGAAAUGGAAAUGACUUUUUGAUAACUGGAGCCCAGUCCAAUCUCUAUGUGGAGAAAAUGAUGCGUGCUGCUUUGGCCGAAAUCGGUGCUCAUGUGGGAGUGGUCAAUGUUCCAAUGUCCAGCAACGAUUUGGUUGACUACACGGUUCAUCACUCUCUUUCCACUGCUUGGAGAAUUGGCAGAGCCGUUCGUAUUGCUCGCCAAAAGUUUGAAAUCGAAAAGUUGCCAGAAAGAAUCAUUGAGUCUGUUGGAGGCCCAGUUACAGGAAGAAAGAUUUUUGCCGGUAAGAUUGUUGGUAUCGAGAAGAAACUCUUUAAGGGGCAUGUUUAUGGAGAAGUCAUUAUUGAAAACGAGGAAAAGGACAAGAUGGUUAUUCCUUUCAAGAAUGAAAAUAUUGUUGCGAAAGUCCAAAAAAAUGGCUCCAAAACAUGGGAAACGGUUUGUUCGGUUCCUGACUUGAUUUCAGUAUGUGAUGCUGAUAACGGAGAGGCAGUUGGAACUCCAGAAUAUCGAUACGGAAUCAUGGUAUUUGUAUUGGCUUUCUCCCCUUCAGACUUGUGGAUAAGUACUCAGAAGGCUUUGGAUGUUGGAGGACCAAAGUUUUUUGGACCAGCUUUUGAUGAUGUUGAGUACAGUCCCGUUGGAAAGUAUGUGCCACCAGUGUCGGUUAUUGAUGAAUUUGGCAAUUGA